GGUACCAGCCGAAUAUGCAACGAAGCAGAGUGAGAAGGAGAGGUGAACGAGUGGAGAUUAUCCUUCGGAAACGUUGUGGAGAGUUAGAGAAAGGUAAAAUACAGCGGAGCGAAUUUCUUGUCAGUCGUUUGCCGGCUUUUGUUUGUGUUGGAUGACGUCGAAGUGAAACUGUGCGGGAAACUCGACACGUCAGACUCGAAAGUUUCCGUGUUUUCCGGCAAUUUCGCUCAGCGAAAAACUGUUCGGUAAAGUGUCCGGUUUCCGGCGCGAAAAAGUCGGAUUUGUUUGACGCUCCUCAAGUUGGAACAUCCAAGGAGUCAACGUCAGCAAAUUCGAAAAUUGCAGAUUUGCCGUCAACAAUUGAACGUUUUCUGCAAAAGGAAAUCUGGCUGGAACAAUGCCCGGAAGUUUUUCAUAAAAACUCAUCUAUGAUUACUUUCAAAUAGAGCGAAAAUACUGUAGAACUUUGUGUUUAGUUUCUUUGAUAUGGGGUGGUUUCAAAACCCCCGCUACUCAAUUCGGUGGAUAGUGAUACUACUGGCUACUCUAUGGGCUGUUGAACUCAUUUUUGCUGACUCCGGAAAACUCACAUUAGGAUCCGUUUCAGGCGAUCCCACAGGAGUGAUAUGCCCUCAGGGGAUGUUCAAAUGUCCAGAGGGCAAGUGCAUACCAUCGCUAUGGGUUUGCAACUACCAAAAAGACUGCGAAAAGGGAGAAGAUGAAUUCCAACAGUGCACUCCUCCAGAUUGCGAACCAGGCCAACUAACAUGCAGACAGUACAUAUUCAACAAAACAUUCUGUAUUCCUCCGCAUUACCGAUGCGAUAUGAACGUAGACUGUAUAGAUGGUUCGGAUGAGUCCGAAUGUACAUAUCGCAAAUGUCAGCCUGAUGAUUUCCAUUGCGGCCCCAAACCAUCCGACCCGUGUAUACCGAAGGAGAAAAAAUGCGAUGGAUAUUUGGACUGUAGAAGUGGUAGAGAUGAGCAAGGCUGCGCCGGUAUGUCUUGCAGGCUGGAUCAGUUCAGAUGCGCAAACGGUCAGAGAUGUAUCGAAGCUGCUCAGAAAUGCGACCAUAAAAACGACUGCGGCGAUAACUCAGAUGAGCAGGGUUGCAACUUCCCAGUCUGCCAUGGAGUCCAGUUCAGAUGUGCGAAUGCUCUUUGCAUACCAGGCGCGUUCCGGUGCGAUGGAUAUCAAGAUUGUAGCGAUGGUAGUGACGAAGUCAACUGCACAGCCAUUGCAUGUCCAGACAACAAGUUUCUUUGCCCUAAAGGUAGUUCCGAUGGCAAAUAUAAAUGCAUCCCGAAAAACAAGCUGUGCGAUGGAAAGAACGACUGUGAAGAUCAUGCUGAUGAGGAGGCUGCCUGCUCCAAGCUGGCGUGUCCUUUGUUGACGUGCGAACACAAGUGCCAGGCUUCUCUAACAGGUGGUCAGUGCUACUGCCCAGAGGGAAAGAUUCUGGCCUCCGAUAACAAAACCUGUGCAGACCGAGACGAAUGCGCCCUUUGGGGCUACUGCGACCAACUAUGUACAAACAAUCCGGGCAGCUACAGCUGCCUCUGCGCCCCCGGCUACAAGCUGAAGAACCAAAAUCGAUGCAUUGCCGAUGAUUCCAGCAAUAUGCAACUCUACUUUGCUCACGAUAAAAGCAUCUUUGUGAUGAACCCUUCAGGGAGCAGUAUUAGGGUGGUGGUUAACACAACUGGGGCGAGCGGUUUGGACUUCCACUACAAGAAGAACGUCAUGUUCUGGUCAGAUGUUAAAACGAAAAGAAUUCACUCCCAACAGCUGCGGAUAAAUGGCUUCGACGCUAUAGAGCAAGACAUCGUUCUACCAGGCACUUGGCUUCCAAUAGCUAUUGCUGUGGACUGGGUGGGAGAGAAGCUCUACGUAGCUGAUGCGAUUGGGCAGAAAAUCGACGUCUUCGAACUGCAACCGCCCACAGCGGAUCAUCGCUGGCACGCCAUCGUUCUGAGCUCCAAUCUGAGCAAUCCGGCCGAUCUGGCUUUGGACCCUUCAGUAGGCUUGAUGUUUGUGGCCGACAGUUCGCAGGUGUUAAGAGCUAAUAUGGAUGGAACCAAUUCAGUUUCCAUCGUUUCUGAAGCUGCCUACAAAGCAUCUGGUAUAGCUGUGGAUAUUAUUGCCAAGCGCGUCUUUUGGUGCGACUCUCUGCUUGAUUACAUUGAGACUGUCGACUAUGAUGGUCAGAAGAGGUUUUUAGUCAUCAGGGGCCAACAGGUGCCAAGCCCGACUCGAUUGGCCCUCUUCGAAAGCCGAGUCUACUGGACGGACAGCACCAAGCAAGGGGUGAUGUCAGUGGACAAGUUCGACAGUUCUGGAAUACAAACCGUAUAUAGAAUGAAGGACAUUCGCGACCCCCGAGCUAUAAAGGCGGUCCACCCCUUGGUGCAGCGAUACGUUGGGAACCCGUGUGGAAACAACAACGGAGGAUGCCAGCACAUGUGUAUCGUCACCCAAACUGAGGUGGUCAGAGGAAAGUACCCGCCAAUCUUAGGCUACAGAUGUGCCUGUAACAUCGGCUUCAGGCUGGGGCUGGACGAGCAGACCUGCGACUCUGUGGAAGACUUCCUCAUGUACUCCCAGCAAAGAUUCAUCAAAGGCAAAGUCCUGGACCCGGUGGUGGAGGGAUUCAGCGACGCCAUUCUGCCAGUUGUUUCACGCAGAGCCAGGUUCGUCGGUCUGGACUUUGAUGCCAGCAGCGAGCAAAUCUACUACUCAGAUGUGCUCCAAGACGUCAUCUACCGAGUGCAUCGCAAUGGAGACUCCAAGGAAAUCGUGCUGGCCUCUCAAAAUGAAGGCGUAGAAGGACUGGCUGUCGAUUGGGCUGCAAAGAACCUCUACUACAUCGACAGCCGCAAGGGAACCCUUAACGUUUUAUCCACCCGAAACGUCACCUACCGCAGAACGCUGCUGAAGAACCUCAAAAGGCCAAGGGCUAUAGUGGUUCAUCCCAACCGAGGGUUCUUGUUCUUCUCCGAAUGGGACAGACCUGCGAAUAUUUCGCGAGCGUUCACUGAUGGAACCAACUUGACGGUUUUUAAAAAUUUGACCCUCGGCUGGCCUAAUGGUUUAUCCAUUGAUUUUGAGACGGACCGCCUCUACUGGUGCGACGCUCUGCUGGAUCACGUGCAGCACUCCAAUCUGGAUGGAACCGACAUUAAAACCGUCAAUUCCAGACUGAUCAGGCACCCGUUUAGCAUAGUAAUAUACAAGGAAUUCAUGUAUAUAACCGAUUGGAGACUGGACGCGAUCAUCCGACUUCACAAGCUAACGGGCGAAGGGGAAGAAACUCUGGUCCGUGAACCGCAAACCAAUCGGCUUUAUGGUGUGAAAAUCUACUCAAGAAGUGAGCAAAACGUCACGAUGAACCAUCCGUGCCAUAGCGAUAAUGGAAAUUGCCAGAAGCUAUGCUUCGCCUUGCCCAUGGAGAAUGGGCAUUUGAUGUCCAAGUGCGGGUGCCCAUAUGGGGAGCGUUUGAUGGAGGACCAGAGAACGUGCCAAGCCGACCCCAACCAUGAGCCGCCCGUUCAGGCCUGCCCCAACAGCUGGGACUUCACCUGCAACAAUCAAAGAUGCAUUCCUAAGUCGUGGGUGUGCGACGGAGAUGAUGAUUGCUUGGAUAACAGCGACGAGGAACAGAACUGCACCAAACCCACCUGUAGUGCUCAGGAGUUCCAAUGCAAAUCCGGCCGUUGUAUUCCGCUCACCUUCAAAUGUGAUGCUGAGAACGAUUGCGGCGACUUCAGUGAUGAGACUGGUUGUGUGAAUGUGACUUGCAGCUCUACUCAGUUCCAUUGCGAUAACGGCAGGUGCAUCCCCAGCAGUUGGAAGUGCGACUCAGAAAACGAUUGUGGAGAUGGCAGCGACGAGGGCGAUUCUUGUGCGGAGAAAACGUGCGCCUACUACCAGUUUACCUGCCCCAGGACGGGGCAUUGUAUUCCGCAGAAUUGGGUUUGUGAUGGCGACGAUGACUGCUUCGACAAGCAAGAUGAGCAAGACUGUCCGCCAAUCACCUGCAAGUCCAAUCAGUUCAAGUGUGCCGAUUUGCGCCAAUGUGUCCAGGAGAGUUACAAGUGUGAUGCCAUUCCGGAUUGCAAUGACGGCAGUGAUGAACUGGGAUGCCCCUCUAUUGCGCCUAAUCAAUGCAACUUGGAGAAACAGUUCCAAUGCCAAUCGUCCGGAAUUUGCAUUCCCAAGUCUUGGCACUGUGACGGUACACCAGACUGCGACGAUCGAUCAGAUGAGCCGGAAUCUUGCGGAAACAUCGACUGUCCUGCCAACUUCUACAAAUGCAACAGCUCUCAGUGCAUAUUCAAGGCUUACAUCUGUGACGGCAAACCAGACUGUGAGGACGGAUCGGACGAGAGCUACAUUCAUGCCUGCAAAAAGCCCCCCUUCAGACCAUUCAUCCGCCUUCCUGAUCAUUUCCAAUCGGCACUCCAUUCUGGUGGCCGAUCUGAAGGACCAGGGCCUGGAACGCGUUCCUAUUAUAGUGGAAAAUGUGGUAGCAACCGCUUCCAACAUGCACUCAGGCACGAUUUUCUGGUCGGAUAUGAAGCUGAAGAAGAUAUCCAAGCUGGACAGGAACAGCGUCCCGGUGGAUAUAAUUUCAACGGGGUUAGAUCUGGUUGAAGGGCUGGCCUAUGAUUGGAUAGGCGGCAAUAUCUACUGGCUGGACUCCAAAUUGAACACCAUCGAAGUGUCUACUGAGAGUGGCCUUAACAGGAUAGUGCUGGUGAAGGAGAAUAUUACCCAACCCAGGGGAAUGUGUCUGGACCCGAAACCAGGCGCCCGAUGGCUCUUCUGGACGGAUUGGGGCGAGAAUCCUAGAAUCGAGCGGAUUGGCAUGGACGGCUCCAAUCGCUCCAUCAUAAUCAACACGAAAAUCUACUGGCCGAACGGCCUCACUCUGGACACCACGAGCAAUCGCGUCUACUUUGCAGACUCCAAGCUGGACUUUAUUGAUUUUUGUAACUACGACGGCACGGGCCGGCAGAACGUCUUAGCAGGCAGCCACUACUUGUUGCAUCCGCACUCAUUGACCAUUUUUGAGGACACUCUUUAUUGGACUGAUCGGCAACUGAAUCGAGUGCUGUCCGCCCAUAAGUUCAAGGGCGACAACCAGACUGUGGUGUCUCAUUUGAUAUCGCAACCACUCAGCAUUCAUGUCCACCAUCCGAGCUUGCAGCCGAUAACGGAAAACCCCUGCAUCCAAGCCAGCUGUGAGCAACUAUGUCUGACCAGCCCUACUAGCGCGAGUGGCUACACCUGCAAGUGUAGAGCUGGCUUCAAACUCACCUCAGAGGGACGGUGCAUUGAAGAUGACACACCAUUCAUUCUUCUGAUGCGAGGCACUCAGAUCAUCGACAUUAGUCUAACACCUGGUGACAAUGUUGGUGGCACCAUCACUCCUAUUGUGGGCAUUGAAAAUGGACGGCAAGUGGAGUACGACAAGAAGACAAACUUGAUCUACUGGCUGGAAGGCAAAGGGGAUGAUGAAGCAAACUGCACCUUGUGGACGACUGCGCUUGGAGGCGGCAAUAAAACUCAGUUCCUCGGAGCGGACAAUGGAGUUGUGGGCGCUGCCAGCGCAAUAGCUUUCGAUUGGAUCGGACGCAACCUUUUCAUCGCCAAUCGCCUAGCGAGCAACUUUGAGGUGGUGAGAGUCGAUGGGAAAAUUCGCCACCGGGCCAUCAUCCUGGCAAACGAUGGCAACCGGACUUCUGUAGCUGAUCCCAGGGCAAUUUGCCUUGAUCCUAUCGAGGGGAAGCUCUACUGGACUGAUGCUGGGGGAAAUGGCGUGCCUCAGAAAAUAGCCAAGGUCAACAUGGAUGGAUCGAACCCGCACAUUCUUGUAACCGACAUUGAACGACCCGAAGCCAUCACCAUAGACAUCGAGUCGAAGACUAUCUAUUUCAGUACUCAAUACCCGCCCAGCAUCCAAAGCAUAGACACAUUUGGAGAGAAGAGAACAACCAUUCUCACUGCAGCCAACAAUAUAAACUUGCCAAAAGCGAUCAGCGUUAUGGGCAGCAGGUUGUACUAUCUGGACCCGAGCUAUGAAAAUUUGGUGCAAGUGGCUUUGCCAUCGGGCAACAAUCCACGAAGCAUUCUGGAGAACGAGCCCGAUCUGAAGACUUUCACCAUUUUCAAGAAACGAACAUUUAUUGACCAUCCCUGUGUUAUCAACAAUGGAGGCUGCCAGCAGCUGUGCAUCCCCAAUGAGUCCAGAACCAAAAAGUGCCUCUGCGGCAUUGGAUAUAAAAACGACGAUUCCUCCUGUUCUCCGCAUAAAACCUUCGCAGUCGUUUCCCAACUAGACAUGGCAAGGGGGUACAGUUUGAAAGACUCUGCAGAAGCAAUGGUGCCCAUCACAGGGCUCGGUCAUCAUAUUCUGCACGUGGAUGUUCACUACGCGGAAAACUGGAUCUACUGGGUGGAGUUCAAUAGGGGAACAUGGAAUGGCAUUUUCAGAAUCAGGCCAGAUGGCACAGAGCUUCAGCACAUUAUCAAGGAAGGUAUUGGCAGCAACGGCAUCCGCGGGUUGGCCAUCGACUGGAUAGCUGGAAACUUGUAUUUCACCAACGUUUUCCCGCAUGAGAACUACCUGGAGGUGUGCGGAUUGGAUGGGAAACACCGGAAGGUUUUGGUGAAAACCACCAUAGAUGCGCCAAGAGAACUCGCCGUAAAUCCCAUUAAGCGGUUGCUAUUCUGGAUCGAUUAUGGGCAAUAUCCGCGCAUUGGAAAAGCAUUCCUCGAUGGAACUGGUUGGAAGCCGCUGGUUACUUCUGGCAUUAGCAACCCCAGAGACUUGACCAUCGAUAUGAAUACCCAUGAUGUGUAUUGGGUAGAUGCCAAGCUGGACAUGAUCCAAAGAGUGUCGUUUAGUGGAGGAAGCAGGCAGGUUAUUAGACGAAAUCUCCCCAACCCCAUGGGCAUUGCGGUAUAUAAGAGCGAGAUUUACUGGGUUGAUCGCAAUUUGCGCUCAGUGUUUAAGGCUUCUAAGCAACCGGAUAGCACUUUGGUGCCUACUCGAGUGCGCACCAAUCUGGAUAAGCUGCGCGAUAUUGCAAUUUUCGAUAUCACCAACCAACCAGCAGACGAAAGUAACCCUUGCAGAAAAGUGUCCGAAUGCGAACAGCUCUGCUUCUCCUUCCCCAAUGAUCCUAGCGCGAACGCUGGCAACGAUUUCAAAUGUUCUUGUGCCACUGGCACACUUGCUUCUGAUGGCAAAAAAUGCACAUCAAUCGACGAGUACUUGGUGUUCUCAACUCGCACCGAAGUCAGAUCGAUUCAUCUGGAUCCUCACUCUACAACUGUUCCAUUUUCCCCCGUGGGCAAUCUCACUAAUGUUGUGGGCAUAGAUUUCGAUUACAAAGAUAAAACGUUGCUUUUCACCCAAAUAAGGCCCUGGGCUAGAAUAGCCAGCAUGUCGGCCACCUUGCCGGAUGGAAAGAACAUUGUCAACAUCAGAAACAAAGGAAUCAACCCGGAAGGGAUCGCAUAUGAUUGGACGCAGCAGAAGGUCUACUGGACCGAUUCAGCCAAUAGGAGCAUUUACGCGAUGAAUUUGAAUGGGUCUGAACUGGUGAUGAUUACCAGAGUGGAGCGGCCCAGAGCCAUCGUCAUUGAUCCGUGUAACGGCACCCUGUUCUAUACGGACUGGGGUAAGUUUGGAGCAGCUGGCAAAAUCCUUCGGACUACCAUGGCUGGGUCGCUCAAGCGAGUGGUGAUCGACAAGAAGUUGGCGCAGCCCAGUGGUCUGGCCAUCGACUUUGAUGAGCGAAUGCUCUACUGGACUGACGCAGUGCGAGAGAAGAUUGAGCGAAGUGACCUGGACGGGAAAAACCGGGAGAUCUUGGUGGCUGCCACUAUUUAUCCGUUUUCUAUUACUGUGUUUGGUGACUACAUUUACUGGACCGAUUUGCAGCUUCGCGGCGUGUACAGAGCGGAGAAACAUACUGGUGCCAACAUGAUCGAAAUGGUUAAACGCCUGGAGGACAGUCCCCGAGAUAUCCAGGUGUAUUCGCCUAAGCGGCAACUAUGCAAUGUGAAUCCUUGCCUGAUUAAUAACGGAGGAUGUGCCCAGAGUUGCCAUCCCAGUCCCAAUGGCAAGCCGGAGUGUCGGUGCGACGACAACACCAAACUAGUGAACGAAGGACGAAUGUGCGUAUCGAAGAACUUAACUUGCGACUCCAGCAAGUUCUACUGCCGAAACGGCCGCUGCAUCUCCAGGAUGUGGGCAUGCGACGGCGAAGAUGACUGCGGCGACAAUUCCGACGAAGACACCAACUACUGCGCGUUCCAUUCCUGUUCGCCUAACGAGUUCCGCUGCAACAACGGCCGCUGCAUCUUCAAGUCGUGGAAGUGCGACCACGAGAACGACUGCAAAGAUGGAUCCGACGAGGAAAACUGCAACUAUCCACCAUGUGCCGAUGGCGAGUUCACCUGCUUGAAUCACCGAUGUAUUCCAAUGGCUCAGGUGUGCAAUGGUGUUAAUGACUGCAAAGACAACGUCACCUCCGAUGAGACUCAUGAACGAUGCGGCCACAACACCACCUGUCCGCCCAAGCACCUCAAAUGCACAAACACCAACAUCUGCGUGGAGCCCUACUGGCUGUGCGAUGGCGAUAAUGACUGUGGCGACAACUCAGACGAGAACCCGUUGCACUGCGCCCAGCGAACCUGCCCUCAGAACAGCUUCAGAUGCUCCAAUCACCGUUGCAUCCCAGCUACGUGGUACUGCGAUGGGGACGACGACUGUGGAGACGCCGCCGAUGAGCCCCCGGAAUAUUGCAAGAGCGACGGACGCACCUGCUUUGGGGAUUUGUUCACUUGCGACAAUGGAAACUGCGUGCCCCGAAUCUACAUUUGCGAUGGCGACAACGAUUGUCUCGACAACAGCGACGAAGACAACCGGCAUGAAUGCAACGACAGAAAGUGCGACGAAGAAAACGAGUUCACAUGCGAAGCAAACAAGGCGUGGGGCCGAGCCCAGUGCAUCCCCAAGAAAUGGCUUUGCGAUGGAGAUCCGGACUGUGUGGAUGGAGCUGAUGAAAACGGGACGCUCCAUCACUGCGCCAGCCCUCAACCAUGCACAGAAGAUCAAUUCACGUGCGGAAAUGGACGUUGCAUCAACACCGGCUGGACGUGCGACCACGACAACGACUGCGGGGAUGGCAGCGAUGAAGGAAAAGAGUGCAACAGCCAGUACAAGACGUGCAGCACCAAUGAGUUCACCUGCCAGAACUUCAAGUGCAUCCGGAACCAGUACCGAUGCGACGGCGAAGAUGACUGUGGCGACCAUUCGGAUGAGGUGAAUUGCAGAAAGGAGAACGCCACUUGUGCGAUUUCUUCGCAGUUCCGAUGCAACAAUGGCCAGUGCAUCGACGGCCACUUGGUGUGCAACAAAGUAGCCGAUUGCACUGACGAGUCGGAUGAACCGGCCCAUUGCAAUGUGGAUGAGUGCGCUAAGGUGGAAAUUCAUCAAUGUGGCCACAAGUGCAUCGACACACUCACCGGAUAUUAUUGCGAGUGCAAUCAGGGAUACAAACUGUUGCAAGACGGAAAAGCCUGCACAGAUGUGGACGAAUGCAUCGAGACGCCGGGCGUUUGCUCGCAGUACUGCUCCAACACCCCAGGCAGCUUCUACUGCAAAUGCAACGACCAGUUCUAUGAAAGAGAGGCCGAUGAGCACACGUGCAAGAGAAAGGACAAGAUUGAGCCUUGGCUGAUCUUCACCAACAAGUACUACAUCCGAAACAUGUCGAUAGACUCAACGGUGUACAACCUGGUGCAUCAGGACCUGAUGAAUGUCGUUGCCUUGGACUUUGACUACUUGGACCAGAAGAUGUACUUCUGCGAUGUGACAGCCAAAACGAUCUUCCGAACCCCCAUUGGUUCAACAGAGCGAGAGGCUGUGAUAAGGCACGAUUCGCACGGCUUGGAGGGUAUUUCCAUUGAUUGGAUUGGCAGGAAGAUCUAUUGGUUGGAUCGCCACUCGAAAAACCUGGACGUGGCCGAGCUGAGCGGCAGCAACAGGAAAACGCUGAAAACUGGCAUUGCAGACCCAAGAGCUUUGGUGGUACAUCCAGGAACUGGCUACUUGUACUUCACCUGCUGGCAUCUGCAGGCCUACAUUGGUAAACUGGGGAUGGAUGGGUCGAACUUUACAAGGAUCCUGACCUGGAAUGAUGACAUUGCCUGGCCGAACGCGCUUACAAUAGAUUUCUUCACCGACAAGCUCUACUUUGCUGAUGCCCACUUGGACUACAUCGCUUUCACCGACUUGGAGGGGCGCCAUCGACAUAUAGUGCUUUCGGGCAGCGCUGUUCCCCAUGUGUUUGCCAUCAGCCUCUUUGACGAUUUCGUCUACUGGACCGACUGGAACUUGAAAGCCAUAUCGAGAGCCAAUAAAUUCACAGGAAAAGAUCUGCAAGUUUUGCGAAACACCACUCAUAAACCAUACGACAUCCACAUCAUGCACCCAUUAAGGCAGCUGCCUUACAGCAACCCCUGUGGGGCGUUGAAUGGGGGUUGUUCUCAUCUGUGUCUCAUCACUCCGCCUCCUGCGUCCAGCUAUUUGAACAUUGAAGGGUACGGCGAAGAAGGGGAGACGAGCUUUACAUGCGCGUGUCCCAACCAGUUCUACUUGGGCCCAGAUCAUAAAACGUGCAUAGCGAAUUGCACUGAAGGCCAGUGGCAGUGCAAAGGCAGCGACGAAAAGUGCAUUCCCUGGUUCUGGAAAUGCGACGGCGAAAAGGACUGUAAAGACGGCUCGGACGAACCGGAAACUUGUCCUCCGAGACAGUGCAGAAACGGCACCUUCCAGUGCAAGAACAACAACUGCACGCCUUCGGCCACGAUUUGUGAUGGCACUGAUGAUUGCGGCGACAACUCAGACGAGGAGAAUUGCGACAAAGAGUGUCCAGAGCUGGAAAUGAAGUGCCGCUCGAAUGGUCGUUGCAUCCUCAGCAGUUGGAAGUGCGACGGAGAUGCGGAUUGCAAAGAUGGUUCGGACGAAGACCCUGCGAUGUGCAACAACAGGAAGUGCGAUCUGGAAACUGAAUUCGCCUGCAAAAAUGGCAAGUGCAUUCCGAAGUUGUGGAUGUGCGACUUCGAUAAUGAUUGCGGCGAUGACUCGGACGAGCCUGCUUACAUGUGCAGACAGAAGAACUGCACCACUGGGUGGCAGCGGUGUCCUGGAAAAACCAACUAUCGAUGCAUUCCAAAAUGGCUGUUCUGCGAUGGCAAAGACGAUUGUCGCGACAACAGCGACGAACUGCCAGAAAACUGUCCAUCUUGCAACCCGGACACGGACUUCAAGUGCAAAAACAACCGUUGCGUGCCCAAGCAAUGGACUUGCGACUUCUCGGACGACUGUGGUGAUGGCAGUGACGAAGUCGAUGAAUUGUGCAAAGGAGUCUACAGGGACUGCUCGGAGUCGGAGUACCAGUGCAUGAACGGCAAGUGCAUUUCCUCGCGAUGGAGGUGCGAUCAUGAGGACGAUUGCGGCGACAAUUCCGACGAGAUUGCAUGCCACGGGUUCCAAUGCAAAAAUGGCACCUUCCAAUGUGCAAGCGGGCACUGUAUUGCAGCCUACUUCAGAUGCGAUGGAGACCGCGACUGCCGCGACAUGUCCGAUGAAAAGAACUGUCCACCCAAGUACCCGGGAGGACGCUACUGUCCAGAAUCCAGGUUCCAAUGCGAUAACCAUCUGUGCAUCAGUCAGGGCGAUCUCUGCGAUGGUGCUGACGACUGCGGGGACAAUUCCGAUGAAGCUCCAGCUCUUUGCACCAACUUCAAUUGCGACAGCCUCAAGCGGUUCCAGUGCACCAAUCACAAGUGCAUUCCCCGUUAUCAGCUAUGCGAUGGAAUAGACAAUUGCGGCGAUGGUUCCGAUGAGAACAACAUGACGCUGUGCACGAAGAAGUUCAAGCCCUGCAAUGUCUUCAGUGAGUUCAAGUGCGCCAAUGAUAAGUGCAUCGAUAAGAAGCAGAUUUGCGACUUUGCCGACGACUGCGGCGAUAGUUCAGAUGAACUGGGCUGCCACCACAACAAUGUCUGCACUGAUCUGACCAGAGGCGGUUGCGAGCACAGCUGCAUGAACUUGACCGGGGGCGGCUACAUUUGCGUCUGCUUCACCGGCUUCAUCAUUUCGAAAGACAACAGAAAGGUGUGCCUGGAUGUGGAUGAAUGCGCCACUGGACUGCACCACUGCUCCCAAACGUGCUCCAACUUGAACGGAACUUAUGCGUGCUCGUGCAAGGAGGGUUUCCAUUUGUCUGAUCAAUUGUCCGGAGUUUGCAGGUGAUUU